UUUUUUUUAUUGACUAUAUUUUAAUUAUCCGACCAAUAAGUUUAAUGUAUCAAUUCUCGCUUUUAAUAUCGCAGAGGUUUGACUGGCGUGGAGCGGGGUGCAAGGAGAGCAGCUCCAACUGGACCACAUUUUUAUAUUUUAUGCUUUUAUAAACAGCCUAUUUAAUUGAAUUUGCAUUUUGCAUUCAUCGUCUUCUACUAUUGGCUUCUCUGGGGGCGCUCUUUUGAGUUCAUUCAAGCAGAGCCGGUACUCCAAAACAGUAAAGAAAAAAUUGCAGAUUGCAAAUGGUAAUUGCGUUCAUGGUGGUAAUUGUUGUAUGGGUUAGAGGAAGAAAAAGCAUGGCUACGGACACCAAUUUGGCGGAAAGUCGGGCAGUACCUGAAGGUGAAGGGGACGCCCAUUGCAAUGGUAACUUGUGGCAGGAGCAGGAGCUAGAACUUGGAGGUCCUGAUUCUUUAAGUGCAGAUCAUGUCUCGAUCUCCAAGAAAACUCAAAUUCUACUUCGUCAAGGUUUGGCCUUAUCAAGAUACGUCUGGAAAAUUCAAAAUUCAACAGGCUGAGAAGCUGAUUGAAAAACUUAAUCAACAGAUAAUUCCCAUACGUGAUGAAUACUACAAAAUACAGAAUGCUCGUUCAGAAUUAAAUCAUCUAAGAAUUCGCGAGUCGCACUUCCUUAACGCAGUAUAUUGGAAAGAAACCAAACUGGAUAGAUUAAAAGCAGCUCUAGACAAGCUGAAUUUUGCCAAAACUGCUGCAUAUAAAAGAGGAAGCACCAGUUCCAGCACUUCAUCAUCAGGAGAAUGUGAUUUUCAUAGUGUAGGUCACUGGAUGCUACAUGGAUGCAGCAAUUUGGCAACAGAAAAGAAACUCUUAAAACAGAUCCCUGGAAUCCAACAUGAUAAGAUCGAUUCAAGUAUUCUAGUGGCGUCAAUAAAUAUACUCACUGGUUGUAUGCACGAACGCAAGUCAGCAAUUGUGAAACAACAAUGUCGAAGAUUAAAGCAAAUGGUAGCAGAAAUAAGUGCUGUCAAUGCUUGCAGAAAUUGAAGAUGCUACUUGUAAAUAGCAGAGAAAUAAAAGAAAAAAUGCAGCGUUUGAUGUGCAGCUGAAGAAGGAAAAGAAAUAAGUGAGAAACGCAACGUUUUGAUUGCCAACAAAAGAAGACCGUUAAUUAUAUAGCCGUUAAUCAUUUUUAAUUCUUGUUAGUCAGUUAACAGUGCAAUUAGUUAUGUUUUUUUGUCCUUUUCUUGUUGUCAGUGUAGAUGCUAUAUAUAGACACUACCUC